AUGACGAAACGCACGAAGAAGGUCGGCGUCACGGGAAAAUACGGCACAAGAUACGGCGCCUCGCUCCGCAAACAGGUCAAGAAGAUGGAAAUCAGCCAGCACGCCCGCUACACGUGCACCUUUUGCGGCAAGACGACGGUCAAGAGACACAGCGUCGGCAUCUGGAGCUGCCGGAGCUGCAAGAAGACCGUCGCGGGCGGCGCGUGGACGGUGUCGUGA